UCUCUCUCUUUUGACAUCAUGCUCUUUUCUGAUAUGCAUAUGCAACACUUCCUCCCUCUUCCUUUUCUCUAUAUACUCCAUGCCUCUUCCAUCUUUGGAUAUUUAUGUUGCAUAUACAUAUGAUAUAAGGUCUUUGAAUGUUACCUUAAACCUUACAAAAUUAUAUUAUAACAUUCUUUCUCGUACCAGUGAAAUUUGUAAAACUUGACAUACUUAUAAUAUCAGAUAAUCUGAUAAGUUCAACAAUGAUUAAUACAAUAUUUUGAAAUUAAUUUAGAAAAAAAAAUCAGUGUUACAAAUGAUGCACUUGAGAAGUGGGUUUUGGGAUUCAAACGAUGUUAGCAACAGCAGUGCAAGUGGGUCAGAGGUAACGCCGCUGAGGCUUCUGUCCCAGAAUCUGAGUUCCCUACUAGAGGUCAGUGCCGGGGGGGUUGACUUUUUCUCCGACGGGAGGAUCGCAGUCGCGGACGGCAGGGAAGUGGCCGUGCACCGCUGCAUUCUGGCGGCGAGGAGCUGCUUCUUCAAGGAGGCGUUUGCGGCUGGCGGCGUGCUCCGGUUGAAGGACGUGGCCAAGGACUACGAUGUGGGGCUAGAAGCGCUUUUCACGGUUCUUGUUUAUUUGUACAGUGGGAGGGUGAAGCCUUUGCCCCAAGGCCGUGUUUGUGAGUGUGUGGAUGAUGCGUGUUUGCAUUUUGGGUGUAGGCCUGCUGUGGAUUUCUUGCUUCAGCUUCUUUAUGCUUCCUCAACUUUUCAAUUAUCCCACUUGGUUACUCUUUAUCAGGGGCAUCUACUAGACAUUCUUGAUAAGGUACAAAUAGAUGACAUUUUGGUGGUUCUAUCCGUGGCAAACAUAUGUGGCAAAAUGUGUGAUAAAUUGCUAGCAAGGUGUACUGAGAUGAUAGUUAAAUCUGAUGUUGAUAUCACCACUCUUGAAAAGUCGCUGCCUCAACUUGUGGUGAAACAAAUCAUGGAUACACGAAGAGAAUUGGGCUUGUUCAUGCCUCAAAACUUCAAUUUUUCUGAUAAACAUGUUAACAGAAUACACAGAGCACUUGAUUCGGACGAUGUGGAGUUAGUAAGGUUGCUUUUGAAAGAGGGGCACACCACUCUUGAUGAUGCCUAUGCACUUCACUAUGCUGUUGCAUACUGUGAUGUGAAGACCACCACUGAGCUUCUUGAUCUUGGUCUUGCUGAUGUCAACCACAAAAACCAUAGGGGCUAUAGUGUGUUGCACGUUGCUGCAAUGAGGAAAGAGCCCAAGAUUAUAGUUUCUCUCUUGACAAAGGGAGCACAACCUUCUGAUCUUACUCUGGAUGGAAGAAAGGCCCUUCAGAUUUCAAAGCGUCUCGCAAAAGCUGUGGAUUAUUAUAAGUCCACAGAGGAAGGAAAGGUAUCAUGCAAUGACAGAUUGUGCAUAGAGAUAUUGGAGCAAGCUGAGAGAAGGGAACCUAUACUUGGAGAGGCAUCACUUUCUCUUGCUAUGGCAGGGGAUGAUUUACGGAUGAAAUUGUUGUACCUAGAAAAUAGAGUUGGACUGGCUGAAGUUUUGUUUCCCAUGGAAGCAAAGGUUAUUAUGGACAUAUCUCAAAUUGAUGGCACAUCUGAAUUUCCAUCGUCAGACAUCUACUGUCCAAAUAUCAACGAUCACCAUAGGACAACUGUGGACUUAAACGAUGCACCUUUCAGAAUGAAGGAAGAGCAUCUAGUUAGGUUGAGAGCACUGUCUAGAACUGUGGAAUUGGGAAAACGCUUCUUCCCUCGUUGCUCAGAAGUGUUGAAUAAGAUCAUGGAUGCUGAUGACCUAUCUCAGCUCACAUGUAUGGGUGAUGAUAGUCCUGAAGAUCGACUAAGGAAGAGAGGAAGAUAUGUUGAACUUCAAGAAGUUCUGAAUAAGGUCUUCAAUGAGGACAAGGAGGAGUUUGAUAGGUCUGCCAUGUCAUCAUCAUCCUCUUCCACAUCAAUGGGAGUAGUGAGAGCAAAUGGCAAUCUACCCAUGAAGAACUAGGUGAAAAUAAUAAUGUUUUUAGAGGAGCAUCAUUUUCUAAUGAUUUUCCUUAGUCUCAAUGAUAAUUUUUGUUUAGUCAUUCUCUUUUUCCUACCUAUAUUGUAUUUUCUGUUUUUCAUUGAUUAAGGAAACAAAUAGGAGAUGAUAUAUUAUAGCUAUUACA